CGUUAGAUUACCAUGCAGUUUAACGUGCUUUAGUUCGACUUCUGCGCCAACGUGAACGUCUUUAAAUCGAGCAAUCGGUCCUUGAAUCACGCUCAAGAUGGUCAAGGGAGACAAGGCGGUGUGGAAGUCCGAGUAUUUCCUAAAACUACAGCGUCUGAUCGAAGAAUACCCCAAAAUAUUUAUCGUCGGAGCCGACAACGUUGGUUCGCGUCAGAUGCAGCAGAUUCGAAUGUCACUUCGUGGGAUGGCGGUUGUAUUGAUGGGGAAAAACACGAUGAUUCGAAAGGCUCUUCGCACUUACAUGGAAAGUAAUCCAGCACUUGAAAAGCUGUUGCCGUUUGUAAAAGGUAACGUGGGAUUCGUUUUCACAAAUGGUGACUUGAAGGAAGUGCGAGACAAACUACUGGAGAACAAGGUUGCUGCUCCUGCAAAAGCUGGUGCUCUUGCGCCUAUUGAUGUGUUUGUUCCAAAAGGCAACACGUUUAUGGGACCAGAGAAAACGUCCUUUUUUCAGGCAUUGUCAAUUGCCACCAAGAUCUCCAGAGGAACCAUUGAAAUAUUGAAUGAUGUUCAUCUGAUCAAAGAAGGUUCGAAAGUCGGAGCAUCCGAGUCGACUCUCUUGCAAAUGUUGAAAAUCAUGCCUUUCUUCUAUGGCCUCAAAAUCUUCCACGUGUACGAGGAAGGUUCUGUGUUUAGUCCAAGCAUAUUAGACAUCUCAGACGACGAUCUACGGCAGAGGUUUAUGGCAGGAGUCUCGAAUGUCGCUUGUGUGUCUUUGGCAAUCGGCUACCCCACAGUCGCAUCAGUCCCUCACUCGAUCGUCAAUGGAUUUAAGAACCUCUUGGCUGUUGCUGUUGCUACUGAUAUCGAUUUCAAAGAAGCCGACAUGGCUAAGCAGUUCCUCGCCGACCCUUCUGCGUUUCAAGUUGCUGCUCCUGUUGCUGCCGUCGUCGAAGAGGAAGUUUCCAAAGAAGAGGCAAAGGAAGAAGAAGAGGAAGAAUCGGACGAUGACAUGGGACUCGGCCUGUUUGACUGAACAUCAUAGAACAGAAGCGACUCAAAUAGUGGUGUAAUAGUGGAAAGAUAUCAGCCGAGUCAGAGUGUGUUGUACAUGCUUUUGAGCUUUGUUUCCAUUAUUGAUGGUCAAAUUGUUUACAAAA